AUGUACUGCCAAGAAUGUGUAGUGACUUGUCAUGGAGAUCACCCAUUGCACUGUGUGAGGGAGUGGAAUGGCAGAUACUUCGCAAGCAAAAUGUUGAAGGAGUUGGGCUUGAUCGUGCAGUUGGGCCAUCCUAUUGGCAAAAGGUGCUGCAGGCCCCAGUCUGUCCUGAAAGAUGAGUUUGUUGUUAUGCACAGGAAUGGGAUUCACAUUGUCAGCCUUACCUUCUAUAAUACUGGAUUAAAUCCACCUAAGUUGUGUCAGGCUCAUUACAAACAGUUGUUGAGAAUUGUCCAUCAAUGGCACCACCUCAAGAUGCUCAAAUCAUGCCCUCAACCUGGGAAGAACAUGAUGGGGUCACCAGAAAGAGAUGUUGAUGCACUUUUUGUUGCUCUUGAUGCCAACUUUUGCCUCAGACAUUGUGCAGUCUCAAAUAAUGAGAACAAUCUGAGCCUCAGUCAGGGCUGGGCAUAUUUUGUGGAGGACACCAUGUUCAAGAGAUACUUAAGUGACCACUGGCAUGAUAUCCAAGAGAAAAGCAUGUGCUCAAAUCACAAUGUAGUGAAUAUGGCAGAUGCAAAGUCAAAGAAGGGUUGCAAUGUGACUGGCAUUGGCAUGGUUGUUUGUGCCAGGCAUGGCAUGAGGCUCCCAAAUGGGAUAGUUGACCUACAAUAUGGUGAAAGGUGUGUAUCAUUUACAUCCAAUGUGAUAUCAUUUCAUGAGUGUAAAACAUACAAAUAUGUGAAUAUGGACUAUGCAUUUGCAUCUGCACUACACCACUCAGAUGCAACUGUCCUCAAAGUUUCAUAUGACAUUGCCUGCCAGUGGCACAAGAAGUUAUAUCAGCAGAUGGACCAGAUGCCACCUUCUUUACAGUCAAACUUAUGCAACCAGGCUGUUACAUUUCUCAUACCCAAGUUUCACCUUCCUGCCCACAUCACCUCAUGCCAAUGGUCCUUCUCCUUCAAUUGGACCAAGGGUGUUGGUCAGACAGAUGGCAAAGAACCUGAGCAUGGAUGGGCAAACCUUAACCCCACUGCUUCAAGCAUGAAGACCAUGGGCCCUGGUCAUCAUCAAGACACACUGGAUGACUACUUUGGUGACUGGAACUGGAAAAAGCUUAUUGGACUGGGUUCACUACCAUUUCCAUUGAUUCACUGA